CUACCACCAUCCACACGCUUAUCCCGUUGCUGGUAAAAAUGCGAAAAUCGAGGAAUCAUCCGAUGGCGUCGACGGUCCCAAAGGGGAUCCUCAUCAACGAGGGCUGAUCGUCAGUUCAACCAAAACCAAGUUCCACUCGUCUGUGCCCGUUCGCCACCACAGCGCGUAGAGAAAAAUAAGGGGGGGAGAAAAAAAAAAGAAAAACCUCCACAAUGUACCGGCCCAACUUUUACGAGAGCACGUGCCUGCGCUGCCAGCAAACGGUCUACCAGGUGGACCGCGUGGGUCCCCUCAAGGACUUCACGUUCUUCCACUCGGGUUGCUUCAAGUGCGCGAUAUGCGGCACGAAGUUGACCCUCAAGACGUACUACAACAACCAGCACACGAUCAACGACAAGGAGGUCUACUGCAGCAGCCACGUGCCCAAACCGGGCCCGGGGACCCUCGACAAUUCGAGCGUCGGGAUACGCAGUGCCCUCAACGUCCCCAGAUCCGGAUACGUCAACGAGCAGAUUCGCGCAGGCGGCUCCCCCAGACCCGUUUACCCGCACAGUGGGCUGUACCAUCAUCACGGCAACAACCACGGAAACGCGUCCCCGCACAAUCACCACGGGUACGGGGAUGGAUACCAGUACGGGCGCUUCGACGCCAGUGCGCUGCACAUUGCCCACGCCCUCAAACAGACCGAGCUACAAAAGGGCUACAGCAAAGCUCGCGAGAAACCCAUCGACUACUACCUCGACAGGGACGAGCAAACGCGACUCGAGAUGAAACACCGCAAGGAGGAGGACGAUCUGUACCGCAAGUUUGCGCACCACCGCGAGGAGGAGGACCGCAGGAUACGCGAGGAGUUCCGAGACGAGUGGGAAAAGGAGCUGGAGCAGUUGUCGGUGAAAUGGGAGCGCGAUCGCGGCAGCAAGACGCGCGCCCAGCAGUUCCAGCAGGAGAAGGAGGACCUCGAGAAGAACAUGACCCUGCGCAGGGACAAGAAGAAGGAGAGCCUCACCCGGAAAAUGCUCGAGCACGAGCGGGCAGCAACAGCGGCGCUCGUGGAAAAGCAGAGCUCGGAAAUGCUCGAGUUGAUAAACGAGGCGCGCAGUGAGUACAUGCAACAGGAGAGCCUCUACCUGGACGAGGGCGUCGACUACAUCCACGGGGCGCCUCCGAGUCCCUACCCGUCCCGCGCCCCGGCACCGCACCCCCCGGCCCUCGCCAAGUACCACUUGUACAACGACCCGCUCGAGUUUGCCGACAUCGACCAGAUUGCCAUUUCGGUGGCCCAAGAGGACCAAAAGACCUUCACCGACUUGGUGCGCCAGCUUGUGAGCAAGUGCGGCUCGGACAUCGAGAAGGCUCGCACGAUAUUCCGUUGGAUAACGGUGAAGAACCUAAACACGAUGCAAUUCGACGAGAAUUUGCGGGGCGACACCCCAAUGGGCCUCCUACGGGGCAUAAAACACGGCACCGAGUCCUACCACGUGCUGUUCAAGCGGCUGUGCAGUUACGCCGGCCUCCAUUGCGUGGUCAUCAAGGGAUACAGCAAGUCGGCCGGCUACCAGCCGGGCGUGCGCUUCGAGGACAAUCGCUUCCGCAACAGCUGGAACGCGGUGUACGUGGCCGGCUCGUGGAGGUUCGUCCAGUGCAACUGGGGCGCCCGGCACCUCGUCAACGCUAAGGAGGUGCCCCAUCCGGGACAACCCAAGGAGAAGAGCGACAGUCUCAGAUACGAGUACGACGACCACUACUUCCUCACGGACCCGCGGGAGUUCAUCUACGAGUUUUUCCCCCUUCAGGAGGACUGGCAGCUGUUGAAGCAGCCCAUAUCGCUCAAGGACUUUGAGGAGCUGCCCUUUGUCCGUUCGCUUUUCUUCAGGUACGGGCUUUACUUUCCCGACACGAAUACCAAUGCCGUGAUGUACACCGACGCGACGGGCGCCGCGACCGUUAGGAUAGCCAUGCCCGCCAACAUGCAAUCGUCCCUGAUUUUCCACUACAAUCUCAAGUUCUACGACAGCGACGGCGACAAUUACGAUGGCGUGUCCCUCAAGAGAUUCGUUAUGCAAUCGGUGGUUGGUAAUUUGGUGGCGUUUCGAGUUCACGCGCCUUGCUCGGGUUCCUUCCUGCUGGAUGUCUUCGCCAACGCGGUCACGCCCAAGGAAUACCUCACGGGCGAGCCGAUGAAGUUCAAGAGCGUCUGCAAGUUCAAGAUCGCGUGCGAGGAGCUUCAGACCGUCAUGGUGCCGCUGCCGGAUUGCGCGAGCGGCGAGUGGGGCCCGACCAAAGCCACGCGGCUCUUUGGCCUCGUGCCGAUCACCCACCAGGAGGCCCUGGUGUUUGCCGGUCGGGAGCUCGAGAUCCAGUUCCGCAUGUCGCGAGCCCUUACCGAUUUCAUGGCGACGCUUCACAAGAACGGCAUCGAGGAGAAACGAUUGUCCAAGUACGUGAGCCACAGCGUCACGGAUGACGACGUCGUCACCUUUACCAUUAAUUUCCCCGAGGAGGGCCAGUACGGCCUUGACAUAUAUACGCGCGAGUCGACGACCCCGACGCAUCACGACUCCUCGGGUGAGAAGCACCUGUUGACUCACAGCUGCAAGUACCUCAUCAACUCUAGCAAGAGAAAUUAA